AUGAGUUCCUAUUUUGUGAACUCCACCUUCCCAGUUACUCUGUCCAACGGACAAGAGUCGUUUCUGGGUCAACUCCCGCUGUACUCCUCGGGCUAUGCGGAUCCUUUAAGACACUACCCCGCGGCGUAUGGGACCGGGGCGGUCCAGGACAAGGGCUUUGCCUCUUCUUCCUACUACCCACCAGCGAGCGGGGGCUACGCCCGGGCUGCAGCUUGUGACUAUGGGCCAGCCGGCUUCUAUAGGGAGAAGGAGUCCGCCUGCGCCCUCUCCAACGGCGAAGAGCCUGCCCCCUUCCACCCUGAGCCGAGGAAGUCCGACUGCGCCCAAGACAAAAAUGUUUUCGGAGAAAGUGAGGAGCAGAAGUGCUCCACUCCUGUCUACCCCUGGAUGCAGCGGAUGAAUUCAUGCAACAGUUCUUCUUUUGGGCCCAGCGGGCGGCGAGGCCGCCAGACAUACACCCGCUACCAGACCCUGGAGCUGGAGAAGGAGUUCCACUACAAUCGCUACCUGACCCGAAGAAGACGCAUCGAGAUCGCCCACGCCCUUUGCUUGACCGAGAGACAGAUCAAAAUCUGGUUCCAGAAUCGACGGAUGAAGUGGAAAAAGGAAAACAAGAUGCUCAACUCUUCCCAGCUCAGCCCGGAGGCAGAAGAAGAAAAACCCACAGAGUGA